AUGGACGGGGCCACGUCCCCAGCGCCCGGAGAUGAGCUGGAACUCUCGGUGCUGGAGGGGCAGCCGGAUGAGCAGACGCCUCUCAGUGAAGUCCUCCAGGUCCUGCCUUCUUCGGCCCAGAACCCCUGCACCGCCGAGGCUAACAAGGAAGACUCCUGGAGCUCCUGCAAUAAGAAUGUGAUUGGCAGGUGUAAACUGUGGAUGGUCAUCGUCUCCAUUUUCGUAGGUCUCAUUAUAGUGAUCAUCAUAGGUUUAUGUCUUACUGGAGUAACUUAUGUUGAUGAAGAUGAAAAUGAAAUACGUGAAUUAUCAUCAAACAAAACAUUCUUCCUCAUGCUGAAGAUUCCAGAGGAGUGUGUUACAGAAAAGGAAUUGCCUCACCUGCUCACUGAAAGGCUCACAGAUGUGUACAGUAAAUCACCGUCUCUGAGUCGUUAUUUCACUUCAGUUAAAAUAGUGGACUACAGUGGUAAAAAUGCCACAGCAAUCUAUCACCUGCAAUUUGGAGUUCCAUCAGAAGAUGCUGAUUUUAUGAAAUAUAUGAUGAGUGAGGAGUUGUUGCUUGGCAUUUUGCUACAGGAUUUCCAUGAUGAGAGUGUACCUAGUUGUGAGAGUCUGGGGCUUGACCCAGAAUCUCUCUUGCUCUAUGACCUGUGGAUUAACACGGAAGAACCAGAGGACCAGAAGGGUGGGGAUUGUCCUUCCUCUGAUUCUGCACAGACUGAAAAUCUGGCUUCACAUCCAGCAAGGCAGCAACUGAGCACUGCCCCAGCUGGGCCUAGUCUUGACAAAGCAAAAAGUCUGAGAGUACAUGUGAGGGAUGAUGAGUGGACCAACAGUGUGAAGCACUGGCUGCCUCUGCCCAUAUGUGGAUGCUUGUUCUUUAGGAAAAGGGUGGUACACUGCUUUGUGUUAGCAGGAUCCUGUUAG